AUGUCUUCUCCUCUGAGUUUUACCACCGACGAGCAGCGAGUGUAUGGACAACUGUUCUCUCUUGCGGACAAGCAGGAUCUUGGCGUUGUAACCGGCGAAGAAGCCGUUCCAUUUUUCGAAAAAUCUGGUCUUCCUCCUCAUGUUUUGGGACGCGUCUGGCAAUUAGCUGACCAGGAAAAUCGCGGUUUUUUGGUGAAAGAUGGAUUUAUGCUUGCUAUGCGUUUGAUCGCAUUGGCUCAAGACAACAAAUCUCUUGAUUACGAACAGUACAAGACCUUUUCUCGUUUCCCUUACUUCAAAGACAUUACCACCGUACCUGAAGUCUCUACGUCUCGCAAGGCUUCCUUUCUCUCAGCCCCUGCACCAUCAUCUGUUACUGCCUCUCCCAUUUCUCCGAAUGUUACAAGCUCCCCUGCGGUAGUGAGUCCUUCUCCUGAAGGCAACGUUGCACUACCCCCUAUUUCCUUUGCUGACAAGGCCCGUUACCAAACCAUGUUCUCCACCGUUUGCCCUCUUAACGGUGUAAUGACUGGUGAUAAGGCAAGUGCAUUCUUCUCCCGCGCGCCUUUAGGAAAUGAAGUGCUUGCUCAAGUUUGGGGUGCCGUUGAUACCCAAAAGCGGGGUGCUUUGGACGUCCGCGAGUUCAGCGUUGGUUUGCACUUAAUCAAUUUACUUCUGACAGGUGCAUUGAAGUCUGUUCCCUCCAACAUUCCUGUAUCUUUUCUGAACGCAGCAGCUCCUAACACACCUGCUUCUAACCAAAAUGCACCCGCUGCACCCCAAUUGCAAAGCAUGCCUACUGGCGGCUACAACAUCACUUCUCAAGAUAUUGCGAGCUUCACUCAACUCUUUAACAACAUUGAUAAGAAGAAACGUGGCUACAUUACCGGUGAAGAAGCUUAUUCUUUCUUUCUUGCUUCCAAGCUUCCCGAAGAGGUACUUGCUCAGGUUUGGGAUUUGAGUGAUACCCGUAAUAGUGGUCAGCUCAGUUGCGGUGAAUUUUGUAUCGCCAUGUACUUGAUCAAAUUGAAGCUGAACAAUAAAGAGCUUCCUUCUCAGCUUCCUCAAAAUCUUCUCGCUUCAGUCGCGUCUCUUAUGCCUCAGGCUCAAUCAUUUCCUCAGGCACAGGCCACAGGAGGUGCUAUGCCUGUUCAUCGAUCCAUGACCAUGCCUGCUGCCUCACUCAAUGUGCCCCAAAUGACGGCGCCUGCUCGCACCUCUUCUGCCACAGAGGACUUGCUGUCUCUUGAUUUCCCAACAACCGCGCCCGCUGAGCAACCUGCUGCACAACCCUCCAGACCUCCAAGAGAGAACAAAACUGGUCCAGCAGGUGUAGGAGCACCUGCAGCAGCACCCUCUCCUUCCCCUGCUACGAAUGAUGCAAUUCCUCCCUUUACCAACCGUCGUGCUUCCAUGCUUGCAAGCUCGACAACUACUCCUCGCUUUGUCCCUCAAUCCUCCUUUGGACAAUCUUUGGCGCAAAAUACAGGUGCUCCAGUAACAGCUGCACCUACUACUGCUGGUGCCGACUUGUUUAACAAGGACUCUGUGAAGGCCCAGGCAGAGGUUGCUACAAUGAAGUCCAACACACAGCAAUAUGUUGAGCAGCGCUCUGCCUUGGAGAAGGAAGCUGCUGAUGUUACCAUGCAAAAGCAAUCUGCGCAAGCCCAAUUGGAUGAAGCCCGCAAGCAAUACGACAUUGAGCUUGCCAAAACGCAUGAGCUUGAAUCGGGUGUGAAACGGGAUAGAAGUGCCAUUGCCCAAAUCAUGAAAGAUAAGGAUUUGCUGGAAGCUACUUUGGCCGCUCUGCGUAAGCAAAAUGAAGACAAAGACGUUGCUGUUGAAGAGGCAAAGGCAGACUUGGAUGCCGUUACAUCCAUGCGUGACGAAAUCAAAAAAGAAACAGAGGCUCUUCAAGCCGACAUUGCCGCGAAGGAUACUUCUGUCCAAGACAUGAAAAACGCUUUAGAUUCCGUCACCCAAGAGCUUGUUGCAGUUGAAACAGAGCGUAAUGCUUUGUUGGAAAAACAACAGGCGGUUGAGCGCGAAAUUGUUUCACUUCGCGAAAAGCUCAAUGAAACGAAGCUUGCAUUAGAACAACAGACAGUUCAGCUCGAUCAAGAGAGAAAGGCUUUCAAGGAAACCGCAGAGGAGGCAAACGCUGUUGUGGAGGAGCUCAAAAAGGCGUCCGCAGUGCCUGUACCCGUGCCUGCCUCAGUUCCAGCUCCUGUAUCUAAUCCUGUCCCUGCCAUUCCCGUUCCUCAGGCUGCCAGUCCACAAAUUGCGAACGUUGCUCCGGCCGGUAGUGCGACAAAUGAGACACCUGCACCUACGACACCGAUUGCUAGUAGUUCUUCUGUCGCACCUUCGUCUAGUGCGGCAAUGGCCGAGACGUCUUCCAUCAGUAGUCGUACAUCCAAUGCUGCUCGUCCCAGCAAGUCUCGCAAUCCCUUCCAUCACCUCAAGGGCCAAAGUGCAAGCUCUCCUCUGUCAGACUUCUGGCAAAACGAGUUCUUUAAGGAUGCUGCCUCAAAUUCUCCCGUACUCGCAAUACCCAAAUCCCAGCCCGCUGAUGUUCAUCCUGAGAAUGACUCUCAAAACCUGUACUCGGCUGAAAAAUUGAACGUUUCUCAGAACAUUGAGAUUCCGACACCUAGCAUUGCUACGAGAUUGACGUCGUCUCCGACCUCCGUCUCUGCUAAUCCUGAACCCGCUACCCCUCCCAAGACCCGUGCUGCCGUACCUCCCGUGCCCCCUGCACGUCGUACUAGUCUCUCUCCAGCAGUUCUCGCUUCUGUUGUGAUCCCUGAGCAACCAAAAACAACGGUUCAGCAUGAGGACGAAGAGUUCCCGGCUAUUCAAGAGUUCGAAGUCGGCGAAGACAGCAGUUCAAGUGAAGACGACUCGGAGUCCUUUAAGGACAUUCCCUCGGACGUAGACGAUGCCACAUUUGAUCGCACCAAAGAGCGCCAAGGCCCGAGUAACCAACCCGCAGCUGUUGCCGGUGAGCGUGCCGCUUCACCUCUCCACAAGCCUUUUGAUUUUGAAGCAGCCGAUAAGGAAGACUCGGAUGUUGAUGAAAACUUGUCCGAAAUCUUGAAGGGACAGCAAGCCCAAGCUUCGAGAAAAGCUAACGAGGACCUUGAUUUCGAUAAGGAGUUCGAGAACCUCGAGAUUGCCAAGGAGGUGAAUGACAACGAUGAUGAAGCAUUUGAACAAGAUGCUGACACGACCACGAAAUUUCACUUUUAA